AUGAAAAAAUCGGAGGUGAAGCGGUUUGAAGAAGAAAAACACAAAGAGAAGACGACGACGAAUCAGAGGUCGAACGAGGAUCCAUCUAGCCAUCUCGAGGAUUUUGUCGGAGCAGACUUGGCCGGAGUAAAUAUUCAAACAGUCGUAGGAGAUCACGUUGGAAAAGAGAAGACGACGACGAAUCAGAGGUUGAACGAGGAUCCAUCUAGCCAUCUCGAGGAUUUUGUCGGAGCAGACUUGGCCGGAGUAAAUAUUCAAACAGUCGGAGGAGAUCACGUCGGAAAAGAGAAGACGACGACGAAUCAGAGGUUGAACGAGGAUCCAUCUAGCCAUCUCGAGGAUUUUGUCGGAGCAGACUUGGCCGAGAGGUCCGAAGAAACAGAGGUUGAGGUGAAACAAAGGUCCGAAGAAGAAAAACGCAUGGAUUCAACAAACACUGGUCUUUCAGAGUUGGCAACAUUCAUCAAUAACUCUGGUCAUGAAGAAAACCAUACCGUUAAGAAGACACUACGCAUGCUUCGCAAUUUGCUCAAGAAAACGGCACGUGAAAGCUAUUCCCUCUCUGGGAAGUACUUUUUUGGAUUUCCUUCAAACGAGCUUCAUAUUAAUCUCGGAACGGGUAUCCAACUGAGUCGAGGUUUGUUUAGAUCAUUAAGGGUCACCCAAGAUGGGUUGUAUCUAAAUGCAGAUGUAAUGACCAAAUGCUGCCAUCAACCAAUCCAUUUGACUCAAUUUAUCAGCAACCAAUUCGUUAACAUUUGCGUCCCUGCCAAGGCACUCACUUAUCAAGAACGUUCCAAGGUGGAAAAACUCAUUACUGGUUUGGAAAUUGAGCUGACGUAUUUGCCUGCAGCCAGUGCCGGCUCUUGGGGUGUGCCCAAGCACAGGGACUAUAAUUUAUCUAAGCCGGGCCUGCCUGCAGCAAAGAAGGCAGUUAUUAAAGGACUUUCGUUUGAUCCCAUCGGUCUGCUCACAUUCAAAUUAGCUAAAAGAGGCAGUGAAGUGAGAUUCGUGGACUUUUUUCGUAAACAAUAUAAGCGUAAAGUGACUUAUCUACAUCUUCCUGCAAUCCAAAUUGGGGCUGGUGAAUACGUGCCUAUGGAGUUCUGCCGUAUAGCUAGUGGCCAGCCGUACACACAACGUCUUAGUGAGCAGGCAUUCCGUCUUAGUCGAGAGCAAGCGAAGAAUUUCCGAAGUGCUUCUGUCAUAACGCCUGGCAGGAGAGAGAGUAUGAUACAAACGAUGAUUAGGAUUGAUAAAGAACAGGCGUUAAAGCUUGUGAACAAGAAGAUAUCAGUGUCUGAUGACUUAACCUCGAUCGAGGCUCGUGUGCUUCCUCCUCCGACGUUGAAAUUCCUUAAUUUUUAUAAUAUCAGUGAAGAAAUAACCGUGACUCCAAAUGAGGGAAAAUGGAACAUGUUUAAAAAGAAAAUGAUCAAUGGAGCAAGUGUAACUAGAUGGACUUGUGUAAAUUUCUCAACGCUUAGCCCUAUUUCAGCCACAAAAUUCUGUCAAGAAUUGACUAAGAUGUGCAGAGAUUUAGGAAUGCAUAUCCAACAUAUUACUCAAAUCAUCUCUUAUGAUCCUGAAAAGAUUGAGGACGCACUGCGAGAGAUCCACAAAAAGACAGCUGACCUCCAACUUUUGAUUGUGAUAUUGCCUGAUAUGACUGGAUCAUAUGGAAAGAUCAAAAAGAUAUGUGAGACAGAGCUGGGCAUUGUCUCGCAGUGUAUUCGGCCAGGAACGAUACUUGAGCGACCACACUUGCUGGGGGGGAAAAACUAUGUUCUUGACAAACACAUCUCGAUGGUACAAGACACGCCAACAAUAAUCUUCGGUGCUGACGUCACGCAUCCAACAAAGGCCGAACAAUCUUCUCUCGCUGCGGUUGUUGCUUCCAUGGACUGGCCUGAGAUAAGCACAUACCGAGCAUUGGUUUCUGCUCAGACUGGAAGACGUGAAAUUAUCGAGGACCUGUAUAAGUUGGACGGCCAAGGAGAACACACUGGAAUGAUAAGGGACCAUCUCUUAGCAUUCAUUAGAAAGACAAAUCAAAGACCUGGAAGACUCAUCUUCUUCCGUGACGGGGUAGGGGAAACACAGUUUGGGGACGUGUUGCGUUUUGAGCUACAGGCUAUACGCAAAGCUUGUUCGUCUAUAGAGGAUUUUCGUCCAAAGAUAACCUUUGUGCUUGUCCAGAAAAGACACCACACGCGGUUGUUUCCUGCUCAAGCGGAUAAGAAGGAUGCUGCUACUGGCAAUGUUCUUCCAGGUACUGUAGUUGACACAGUUAUUUGUCACCCGCGCCAGUUUGAUUUCUUUUUGAACAGCCACGCAGGUGUGAUGGGUACAAACAGAUCUACCCAUUACCAUGUUCUCUUGGACGAGAACAAAUUUUCUGCUGAUGAUUUGCAAAGGCUUACUAACGACCUUUGCUACACGUUUGCCAAGACUACCAAUUCUGUCUCGCUUGUCACCCCUGUCUUCUACGCCCAUUUGGCUGCGUUUAGAGCACGCUACUACGUGGAGGAUGAAAUGUCUGCUGUGCAUCUUCCGACAGUGAAAGAUGAAGUGAAAGAGAAGAUGUACUUUUGCUAAUGUUUGGAAGGACGAGGAAAUAAAAAAACAUAGCAUAAGAUAAAUGGUGGCCGAAACUCUAUGCCCCAAAUUUUUAGUCCAAAAAAAAACUCUAUGCCCCAAAUUUCACUCUUUUUUGUUUUGUUUUCGCACCUACUGUUACAUAUGCUUUUAAUAGUAUAGAUAUGGAACAUCUACCUGUUUAUA